AACCUUUACUGCUAUAACAUGUAAUUAUAUUGAAAUAAGCUAAAUGCAGUUCAAUAAGGAAGAUCCUACUUGACACUAUGAACUCAAAAAAUGCGGCAAACAAAGACCCGCUUUCCACACAAGAAGUCGCUGGCGGGGCCACCGCAACAUCCAUAGGAACCGAACAAUCAGCUAGCGCCACAGGGACCAGUGACGUCACGUAUUCUGAAGAGAUCAACAAAAGAAUUGAAGAUAUUUUGCGCGAAAACGAACUCCUGAAAAAACGUGUUCUUCACGUGGAAAAUUUGGGACGCAUGGUUGCUGAGUACAAGCAAAGCAACAUGAAUCUUUCCAAGGAAAACGGCGAUUUACAAGAAACUGUGGAACAGUUGCAGCAAUUGCAAAGUAAAAACAAAACACGAGGCGAUGACUCAGGAAGCAAGUCUCAAUUAAAUCGCCAAGCACUUUUAUCUUUAGUCAAAGAGAAUGAAGAAUCUGACUCAGAAGAGGAAACUUCAGAUGAAGAAGAUAUUACAGAACGUGAAAACACUGACAGUGGAUUUGAGCUCGUUCAGCCUAGUAACGUAAAAACUACUUCAUCGUUGUCGUCUACUUCAUCUAUUCCUGAAUUAUCUACGACGCAUAUACCUUCAAAUCAUACUCCGAGCGCUGUGACAACGACAACAUUCGCGCUUCAGUCUGAGGGAAGAUCUUCCUCUGAAAUUGGACGAAAUGACCACAUCGAAAAUCAGGGCAUUGUAACAUCGAACUUGGGAUCUUCCAGUUAUUUCGAGACCUAUUCGACAUCAGGUCAGAGUUCUGGUGAUGCCGCAGCAAGUAUACAAGCGGAUCAUUCUGCUCCAACUUCAGCAGUAAUGGAAGCAUCUGCUGCAGCUGCUUUUUGUGAAAGACAAGCUCAAAACACUCCAAUGGCCUCUUUAUCACAAGAAAUUAAUGUGUUUAAUGAGGUUCUGAGAAGUGACAAUCCUGUAUCUAAUACGGAGCUUCGUCAGCUUGAAGGCAUCGGUGGAAUCACAAGUUCAAUUCCUCAGGAACAAGAUGGAGAAUUAGAAGAUUUAUUUACUUCUAUAGAUGAAGAUGGGAAAAUAAACAGCGGAAGUGUGACGCAACAAUUUGCUAAACUUGCAGGAGUCUUCGCUCGACUUGCUCAACGAGUUAUGCAUACGCAGAAGAAAGCAAGAAAUUCACAGGCUUUCUGUGAUGCAUUGCUGCGAGAAAACGACAAAUUAAAGCAAGAAUUGGAAUUAUCGCGAAAGAAAACUGCAUCAAAAGACGCCGAAAUUAAACGAUUAACUCGACGACAACAAGAACCGUCAACUUCUUCAAGCGUUCAGAAAAAAUCAACUGGAGUCACAGAAGACACCCCUGUCAAGGAAUGUGUGGAGAAUUCAACUAACGAUAAUCAAACCAGCGUAUCCGAUCCUGUUUCUACAACUGUCGUUGGGAAAUUACAAAACAGGAUCAGGAAACUGGAAUCACAACGAAAUGAGGUGCUUAUUGUUAAUAAGCAAUGGCAUUCACAAUAUAACAAAUUGAAAGAAGAUUACAAUGCUAAAUUGGAAAGUUACGAAACAGAAAAUGCGGAAUUGAAGGAGCAAAUUACAGGGAAACAAGCUGAAAAUGCAAAAAGAAAACGAGAUAUUGAUUUACUUUUACGGGAAGCUAAAAAAGAAAUUGAAGUUUUACAACGUCAAAAUAGGGAACUCGCUAAAAAUUACGCCCUCGAGCAUGGAAAGACUCAAAGAUUGAACGAAAAAAUUCAAAAAAUUAAGUCUGAUUUAAGUGGCGUGCAAGCGGAGAAUCAAAGACUGAAUCAAGCCCUUAAUGCUGCUUAUAGUAUCCGACAAAAUCGACAAUUAUCCGGUUUGUCAUUGUACGAUGAAAACCAUUCUUCAGAUCCGACAACUACAGUAUCUCAAACCGGAGAAAAUACUCAAAGUAAGCCUUUCGGUCAUUUAGAAGUUCCGUGUAACUAUGAAGAAAGUUCUGUUGGUGCUAGCGUUGCCCAGCAAAUGACAAUGGCAAUUCCUACAACAGCCGAACUCGAAGAUUUGAAAACACAAACUGAAGUUUUGCAGCAACAAGUGAAGAUUUAUCGAGAAGAUUUUGAAACCGAGAGAAGAGAUCGAGAGAAAAGUCAGGCAGAAAAAGAUCGUCUCUCGGAAGAGAUGGCCAGGAUGAGAGAUGAAAUGAGAGCCCUCAACCAACAAGUACGCGCCUACGAGCAAGAUUUUCGGCAGGAAAGGAGGGAGAAACAAAGGCUGCAACGCCAACUUAGUCAAAUACAAGUGCAUGCUGCUGGUAGGACAAGUAAUGGUCCUGGGAAUUUCUAUUACGAUAUGGAUGUGCCUGAUGUGUUACAUGGCAAUGAUGCAUUCCAAAGAGCGGGAAGAAGGCAUUCGUCUCCUCAAAGAGAUCGACACAGGUAUACGCAAGAAAGAAAUGGCGAUUUACUCAUUCAAACUGCAACAACGAAUCCUCCGCGAAGAUACGCAGAACGUACAAGAAGUAAUCCACCACCUCCAUAUACCCAUGAUACUGCUAGAGUUCACAGGAGAUCGACGGUUGCCACAACGAAUCGAAGAAUACAUGACGGGUUUUUGGAGCCAGUGCGACAUUUUGACGCAGAAACUGACGUUGUAUACCCGCCAGACAAUAUCAUGAAUCAAUUUUAGGCGGACGAUUCGAUUCUCCGAUUGACGAUAAGAAAUCGGAGAUCGUGCGAGAAGAUGAAGAAUAAAAAACAACAACCGCAAGGUGGCGGCAUGUUAUUCUCGAGUGGGCGACUUGAAUAUAUAUGAUCAGCGACGACGAAGUUAUAAAAAUAAACACAAUAGACACGCACACGCGUACCAAGUGCAAUGACAGAGUACGUUACGUACCAGACUGUCGUCAUUAUGUAUGUAUUUAUAAUAUGACGUGACAAUGUUUACACGAACUUAAUCAGACGUCAUAAACUUUCGCAUUACCUCAGUUUAUUAUCGCGAGAUAGGUAGCAUAAUAUAAAGAAUCGCAACUUUUUAUUUCCAUUUUUAAUAUUUUUUUGUCUCAUUAUUUUCUUCUUUUUAUAUUCUGUUGCAGCGCUAACUAGUAUGGCCCUAUUUUGAAGCGGUUAAAAGAAAAAUUAUUUCUUUCAAGUUGAAGCGAUUUGCGAGCUAAUUCAUGGAUUUUAAGUGCUAUACCCGUCUGCAUAUUUCCGUUCGAGUCAUUGAGAUAUUUCUUUCCACUUCAAAAUCGCAAUGACAAUUUAAUAACAGAAAAUACAUGGAAAGAACAACAGUGAUUACAAUUUACUAUAUGUUCGAUGCAAAACGCACCGAUAAUAGAUAUUCACAGCAAAUGCUCUACCAGUAUCUGAUUAUAAAAUGUUAUGUACAACAUAUCGCCUUUCCUCACAUACCUUGUUAUUAACAGUAGUUUUACUAGCUUUUUUCAAUGAAUAAAACAUACCUAUUUACAAUAUAAGAAUAUCCAGUUUACCAACUUUCUUGGAAGAUAUAUUUUCAAAUGGUAUUGACAACAACCAGUCUCUCAUUAAUAUGUAUUUGACCGUUUCAGCAAAAAUACUCAUGUGGUAUAUAGCUGGUCGCAUAAAAAAAAUUUCUCUUCACAAAAUACGAUAAAUUGUAACUUCAUUUCACCACGUUCGGGAUUGCUUUAACUGUUUAUCGUCUUUUUCUCGUUAUUUACUUAUACGAUCAUCGACUUCUUCUUGAACAGAUUGAAAUCGAAAGCUAAAUUAUUUCUAUUUCUAUAGGAAAGAUCUUUCCGUCUUUACUAUAUUUACCGCUAUAUUGAUGAUGAUUUAAUAAAUAACUUCAGCCUCGGCUGGAAACAUA